ACCUACCCCACCCCUAAAAACUCCUCAAACAAUAAUACAUUAUCCAGAGUGGAAAGGAGAAACAAUAAUCUGCUCUUGUCGGAGCGAAGUUUUUAUCCUUGUGGUAUUUUGUAUUGAACAGUGGCUCCUAGUGUAGCUCUGAACGCAGGUUUCCUCAUAAGGUUUUUACAUGAAUUCAAAAUCAGCCAACCAGUGAUCGCUGGAAGCUGGGGAUUGAGUCUUUCAGUUUUUGUUUGAUGGACUUUAUUUUAUCCUCAGAAGAAUAAUAUGAAAACCUAAUAUGGACUUGGCUGCUGUCCUGCUUCUCAAGAACCCCACACGCUGACAUGGAGGGCUUUCUUCGUAGCAGCUUUUUACUGAGUCCCACUGCCUGGCUGACCUACUGCCUGAGUAACUGUCUUGGAGUUUGGGCCAGGACCCAGGGAGGCACAAUUCCAGCCCUAGAUCAAGCCAUCAAACUGUAUUGAACAAAAAAGUAGGGACCCCACUGCCUGCUCCAAACUCCACAGGCCAGAGCAGCUACAGUUGACAGCAUCAUCUGCUCAGCAGAGUCAUGUCUUCCAAGCAAGCCACAUCUCCUUUUGCCUCUGUGGUUGAUGGGGAUGAUGCCAUGAGUCAGGAGCACUUGCCUUGGGAGAAAGAGGAGAGUGCAGAGGCCCAUGGCACACCACAGCUGCCACUGCACAGUCUGCUCCAUGGAAAAACCCAUCCAGAUGAAAUGCAGCCGCUAAGCAGUGUACCACCAGAGAGUGACUGGGACAGCCUGGUGUCAGCCCAACAGCGCAUGGAAUCUGACAGCAAUAAAGUAUGUUCCCUGUACUCCUUCCGGAACAAUUCCACUUCCCCACACAAGCCGGAGGAGGGGGCCCGGGAGCGAAGCGACCUGCUGAGUGGAUCAGCGUUUGGAACUCCAGAGCGACGCAAAGGAAGCCUGGCAGACGUAGUGGACACGCUGAAGCAGAAGAAGCUGGAGGAGAUGACAAAGACAGAGCAAGACGAAUCCUCAUGCAUGGAGAAACUUCUUUCCAAAGACUGGAAAGAGAAGAUGGAGAGGCUCAACACCAGUGAACUGCUGGCAGAAGUGAAAGGUACUCCAGAGAGCCUGGCAGAAAAGGAACACCAGCUCUCCACAAUGAUCACCCAGCUGAUCAGCCUGCGCGAACAGCUUCUGGCUGCCCACGACGAACAGAAGAAGCUCGCUGCCUCACAGAUGGAGAAACAGAGGCAGCAAAUGGAGUUAGCUCGUCAGCAGCAGGAGCAGAUUGCAAGACAACAGCAACAACUUCUGCAGCAGCAGCACAAAAUCAACCUCCUCCAGCAACAGAUCCAGCAGGUCCAGGGUCACAUGCCUCCGCUCAUGAUCCCCAUUUUUCCACACGACCAACGCACUCUGGCAGCAGCAGCCGCCGCCCAGCAAGGCUUUCUCUUCCCCCCGGGAAUGUCUUAUAAGCCAGGUGAUAACUACCCAGUGCAGUUCAUUCCAUCCACAAUGGCAGCUGCAGCAGCGUCAGGACUCAGCCCCCUCCAGCUUCAGCAACUGUAUGCCGCCCAGCUUGCCAGCAUGCAGGUCUCUCCUGGAGCCAAGAUGCCUCCACUCCCCCAGCCCCUCAAUACUAGCGGGCCCAUUUCUCCCUCCUCUCUGAAGAAUGACAAGAGUUCCUCCAGCCCCAUCACUCAAGUCAAGGAGGAGGGAACACAGCCGCUCAACCUGUCUGCUCGGCCAAAGACGACAGAACUGGUCAAGUCCCCCACAUCACCGACACAAAAUAUGUUCCACGGCAGCAAAAGCAGCCCCAACAGUCUCCUUAGCAAGGGUGGUAUCCCCAGCCCACUCGGAGGAGGCCUGGGCCGUGGCUCAUCUCUGGAUAUUCUGUCCAGCCUAAACUCUACCGCGUUGUUCGGGGACCAGGACACGGUGCUGAAGGCCAUCCAGGAGGCUCGGAAAAUGAGGGAGCAGAUCCAGAGGGAACAGCUGCAACAUCACCAGCAGGGCAUGGAGGCAAAGCUGUCUGCUCUCACUUCAGUGGGCCUCAACAACUGCAGAGUUGACAAGGAGAGGGCACAUUUCGAGAGCAUGGGGCACCACCUCGGCAAGCUGGGUGAGGAAGGAAAGAUUGGCCACAGAGUUAUUGACCUCACCAGGCCAGAAGAUCUAGAUGGUUGCAAGGAAGUAAAUGGCUCUGCAGAUAAACCCCAACCCUAUUAUUGUUGGCCAACAGGAGGCGCUGGAUCUACUGAGGCACGAGUCUUCAGAGAAGCCCGAGGAAGGAACAACAACGAGCCCCACAUUAAAAGGCCAAUGAAUGCAUUUAUGGUGUGGGCAAAGGAUGAGCGGCGCAAGAUCCUCCAGGCCUUUCCUGACAUGCACAAUUCCAACAUAAGCAAGAUUUUGGGUUCUCGGUGGAAGUCCAUGACAAACCAGGACAAGCAGCCAUACUAUGAAGAGCAGGCCCGUCUGAGUAAGCUCCACCUAGAGAAGUACCCAAACUACAAGUACAAGCCACGGCCCAAGAGGACCUGCAUCAUCGACGGGAAAAAACUCCGCAUUGGAGAGUACAAGCAGAUGAUGCGCUCACGGCGGCAAGAGAUGAGGCAGUUCUUCACUGUGGGACAGCCACCACAGAUUCCCAUCACCACCAGCGCCAGCAUGGUCUAUCCUGGGGCCAUCACCAUGGCGACCACCACACCCUCACCUCAGAUGACGUCAGAAUGCUCGAGUGCAUCAGCGAGUCCUGAGCCAUCCAUUCCUGUCAUUCAGAGCACCUACAACAUGAAGCUAGAGCCCAGUGCCAUGGCAAACAACAGUGAGCCGGUCAAUGGCGAGGAUGAGAUGGACAUGUACGAGGAUUUUGAGGAUGAGCCCAAAUCAGACUAUAGUAGUGAAAAUGACACACAAGAGCCAGUCCGCGCCAACUGAGUCCCCUCUUUAAUGGGAAAGGCUAAUGCAGACACAACACUCGUACAGGAGGAUGUCCCAGAGGGCUGGUCUGAUCUGAUCCGAUGGAGCGAAAGAGCAAAAGAAAAGUACACCACAAAGGUUUUGAAUAUGUAUUAAAAAAUUAACAAUGAUGUAUCAUUUAGGAGCCAGCAUGCAGAUGUGGCUUCAUCAGAAUCAAAAGCUAUUUGGUCUUAAGUGUUUCUUCAAGAGUGUGAAGCAGUUUGGUUGUGUUUUUUUUUUUUAAUCUCAUUGUUUAUUUUGUCAUUGUGAUCAUGGACAUUUACACAAUUAGGUCAUUGCCUAGAACAAAAGACGGAACUUGAAAUUGAACAUUUAGUAUGAACCUAUAAUUCUUAGACUCAUUUAUCUUGUUUUCCUCUUCAAUUAAAUGAUUUUGAUAUAUUGCAUAACUGUUCAAGAUGGGAAUAAUAUUCUCACUCAGGUAUAGUGUGCCAGCCAACAGCUUGUGAAUGUUUUCAAUCAAGAAUCAAUUAUUAACAGUACAAAAUAUCUCAAAAUUAAUAUGGAGUGGUUCCAACUUAUUAUAGCGGGAAAUUACACAUUAUUAUUAUUAUUAUUAUUAUUACUGUGUUUUCGUUGUUAUUGUUAUUACACAGACUGCAUAAUUUAGUGCAGAAGUGCCAAACAUUUCAAGUUGUUUCUAAAAUCUGUAAAGUCUUUUGGGAGAGGCUUCGUGAGUCUUGGACAAUCUCUUGAUCUCUUAAUACAGCUUCAUUAUCCAGUCUUUCUUUAAUUUACCCUAACAGAAUAAACAAAUGAAACUCAGGAACUUGGAGGCAGCAGGCUCUGCAGGAGGUUAGACUAUGUGACAUCUAGGUGGUAGCGUGUGAUGCUAGCUGUUCUCCAGGGAGCCCAAUGCAGUGAUCAUCAAUGAAACCGGCCAGCCCUUUCAUUUUCUCACCCGAGUCCACACAGAGCACCGUGGCAUCCUUAACUCAUUUCAAGCUCCGCAACCCAGUCUUGACUCACCAAGUUCUUAAUCAGAGUGAUUGUAAUCAGGCCAGAAUGCUAAAGGGCCAAAGGCCUCCAAUCUGUGGGAUUGGAACAGCAGCGAAAGGCAGCUUUGGGGGCAUUACAAUCCCAAAUUGAUGUUGUACAAUGUGUAGCUACAGUACGUUCUGUUAAACACUUUAGCCCCAUUUGGUCGGCAAGUUUAAAGUCUUAGGUCUUAGCACUUCAUUUUUUUAAAUCUUAAUUCUUUUUAGACAUUGUAAAUCUUAAAUUGACACUAAGAAGUCUUAAAGGAGAGCACGGACAUCGGGUUGAUGCAAUGAGUUGAUUACUGCCGUAGUCUUAAGAGGAGUGACAGGAUAUUUAUAAACUGAGAGAAAGCCUAAAAUCAUUGUUUGUUUCUUAAAUUACCUUGUCAUGCGACAGGGGAAACUUAAAACACUGAUUUUUGCAUUAGUGCACUUACACAAAUCUUAUUCUGUCACCCUUGAGCCUUACGCUGUUAUUUUUAAUAAUCUUAUCUUAUGGAAUGCACUUACCUCUUGCAUUUUAAAUAGGAAAACAUUUCAAAUGAGUCAGAAACAAGGGGCGCAAAGUCCCUAUCCAGAAUUUCAAGUGGUGACCUUCUGGAGACUACAGCUAGAUAAAGCAAGGCCUUGAUGUUGAGACUCAGAUCUUCUUUACAGGGCAGAAGGUCUAAGUGGCUCCCCUCCCUGCCAUGCCCUGCUCUGACCCCUGCCCGUGGUAACCUCAGCACCCAGGGGGUGCCAUCUGGCUCAGAGAAGGAGAAAACACCAGGGAGGGAUGGGAAACAAUAAAAAUGGGGUGUGUGUCCCUCAUUGUGCUCUCCAUCAAAGUGCUGGUAGUAAGGCCUCAACAGGGCUCCCACCCUGGCCCAAUCACCAGGCACUGGCGAGCAGAUGGAACAAGUACAUCAAGCUGUGGGGGAUUAUUAAAAUGACUGACGACUGGGUAUCAUCUGAAAUACAGCAUUAUUAAUUCAUGAGUCCAGCUAUUCCCCUCCCUUGCUCCCUUGCCCUUGAACCUGUCCAUUUCAGAAAGAGCACAGAGCCUUUUGAAGGUGCUGAAUUGCUGGUUACUGGCUGCAACUGGUCAAGAUCCCCACUGCUGGUCACUGCAUUUUUCUCCUAGCUCUAAUUGGUACAGAUGGCUCUUUAUAUCUCUUAAGCACUCAUAUCUUCAGUACUUUUAUUGUCUUAUUGUCAGUGCUGGCUUGCAUUGUUUCUACUUUUUGGAAGCAUUUAUAUUAAGUGUAGUAGGUUUUUUAACCACCCCAUUAAUAAUUCCUAUUUUAUUUUUUUCCCCCCAUCACAUCUUUUCUACAUAGCUCUCAUUUUGAGGUAGAAGACAUUUAAUGGAUGCUCUCCUGCAAACAAACCCAAGUGGACUUCCCUCUAAGUCUACCUGUUUGGUAUUUUUAAGCUGUUUGCUCCUGUUUGCUGGUGGUUAAGAUUGAUUUGUAUGUGAUUGUAAAUAUUUUCAUGACCAUGCCACAUUGCUUUAGUUGGCUGGUAGUUAAAAAGGACUUUUCACAGAACUGAAACUUGACUGUGCUUAUAUAGCGAAAAAAGACAAAAAAAGACAAAAAAAAAUGACAAGAACUCACAAGGAGACGAUGUUUCAUAAGUGUUAUAAGCACUGGAUAUAAAUUGUAUUUUUAUCAAUUCUGAUUAAUGUGAAGCUGUUUGAGGAAAAACACCAUGAAUGAACAAAAUUCCCCAGUUGGACUCAAGUGGGUUUGCUCUCACAGUUGCCAGAUUUGAGUCUUUUUUUUGUCUACUUAUUUUGUUUAUUUAUGCAAAGACACAUGUGAUGAAUGAACACUUUGUUUAAGCUUCAGGGUUGCCUAGGGGAGAGACUCAGCACAAGAAAGUGAGCAGAAAAUUCAACAGCAGGCUCGGUUAUCCGUCAAACACCAGACUUCAGACUUCAGUGCAUUAUAUAUUGUAUGUGAAACUGCAGAGUAUCAACAAAUUGUAUUUAUUAUUAGCCACUGCUGGCUCUAAAAUUGCCAGUGAAACAACAACAUGGACAAUCAGAGGAAUAGAAACAAAACACAAAAGACAAAACACAUAUUUGAUGAAUUGGAGCUAAAAAUGGUUUUUAGUGAAUUCACCAUCUCAUUUAGAUUUUAUUGUAAAUAUAACAUAGGAAAUAUAUUUUUGUUCAUUAGUGAAGUAUAAGUUAUGUAUUUGGCUAUUCUAUUUUAUUUUAUUUUUCAUGUUUGUUUUUUUUUGUACAUGGUUUCAUGUUUUUAAAACCUGACAAGUCACUGUAACUCAUGUAGAUGCUGAGUUUUUCUGCUUAUUAGAAGAAAGCAGUAUUGGACCUGAGAUAGAGAGAAGCUCCUCACUUGCUAUGUUUUGAUAAUCUUCCCUGGACUAUUCAAAGAACCAAUCGAAAUAAAAGCUACACUUAUUAGACUUGUUAAUAAAGGAGUCAUUACAAGGUACAUUUAAACAACAAGCACUUGAUGUUUAUUCAAUAAUUUGCUUCCAAUCAUGAUACAAUCUAAGUGGUAUGCUGUAUAUCCUCACUUGUGUCUUGUGUUUAUUACAGCACCCAUGGUAUGUGGCAAAAAUAUCUUAUGAGGAGCUGAUAUCAUCCUAAAAACAAAUCUGCAUGCAUUUGGCUUGCAUUUACAUUAUCAUAAUAAACAAAGGUGUUUUUUCAUAAAUGAUUGUUUCAAACACAAGUGAUGUUUUUAGAUUUUUUUUUUUGAAAGGUGGGAGUGUGCAAAUAUUUAUUUGUUUCAAUGUGGCAAAAUGCACAGACAUUGUGCGGUCUUCUUAGUUAAUUCUCUCGUCAUCUUUUUGUACGCUGAUUUUUAAUGAACAUGUUCAUGUCAUGACUAUCCAGCCAUCUACAAAUGUAGCCCUCACAGUUGUUUUCUCUUAAUCCACUUGUUAGACACGCAAAUGGUUUGAAGACAAAAGCUUGUAUGCUGUUUGAACAUUACUUACUGUAAUUUCUUCUUUUUUUUUCUGUCUGAACUUUGUGAUGUAUAUGGUGGGAAUGUUCUCUUUGUUAAUUUAAUCAGCACAAUUCACUGACAUGCUGGACUGACAUGCUAGCUGCUGUUCAGAAGUGUAAAAUUUGUCGUUCAGGGCAACAUUUAUAGUUGUCUUUGGUACUUUGCUUUUUAGAGUUGUCUCUCAAGCAACACUGUGUGUGGCUCUUCUAUCACUGGAGCCAUUGUUUUGAAAUUGCUGGCAGCCUGAUACAAUUUUCUGCGUAGAAAUGUUUGGGUUUUUUUGUUCGUUUUUGUUUUUUCUGGCAGGUACCUAGGCCCAUGGCAAGUAUUGUUUGGGUGUUAUUAGAGAAAAUGAAAUACAUAGUGUCUGUUGCUGCUUUAAAAAAGUUUAUGUCCGAAUAUGUAAAUAGUUUAUCAUAAUAUCUUGUACAGUCCAAUGUAAAGUUUUUAAUUCAACUUAAAAAAAAUGUUGCCAUCACGUUUGUGUUCACGAUCUUCUUUAUACAGUACAAAAAUUAUUUGCUAGGGGUAUUAUUGCUAAAAAGAAAAAAAAUGAAAAUGUUACUAAUUUUUUUUUAUGUUUGUUUUGUUUUGCUUGGCUUCAAAGUGUACACCAGCAAGUCUUUGGUUUCCAUGUGCAGUAUUGACGUGAGGUAAACUUAAGGUGAAUAAUUUUACAGUGGUGUGUGUGGAGAGCAAUCUCCUCAGCUUUGGUAGUAUUAAUACACUAUAUCAAUUAAAAACAAACCAAUGAGUGACACAUUUGGGUGUAUCUAGGCCCCAUAGAAAUGUGUAUACUGUAUAUGAUUAAAUUAUCCCCACAGGAUCUAUUCAGGCAUAUUAUAAUGUAACACCAUUUUCUGUAUGUCUCAGUCCAUUGUAACAAUGCAACAGUGGGAUGAAUAACUGCCUGUUUAAGCUCAUUUACCUCAAGAAUUUCCUCCUUUUCUGUAAACGAGACAGAAAUUGUGUUACAGAAAACUUCUCCCAUCACUCCAUCUUUUGUACUGCUGUUGACACUUACAAAUUAAAGAGACAUUUUGUUUUAA